GUGGGCCCGGGGAUGGAAAGCGGAAAUGAAGAAGCUGCAAGGGACGUGGGCCGGGAGGCCUAUCGCCCUAGCUUUCGAUACAGGGAUGCUUAUCCAGAUGGGCGUGAAGCUCUUCGCCACGGACGAAGCCAUCCUUUCGCCUGAUUGGGUUUCCAACCUUGCCCUGAUCAACGCGUACGACAUGAGAUCUGGUGAGUUUUUCUUCAUCAGCAGAGCGUAUGCGACCCAUCGCAAGGUGUACCAACAGGUGCUCAAAGAGGCAAAGGAGUUCUUCGAUCCGAACCUGGACCUGCUGAGCAAGAUGGCCCUGUAUACUACCAGGACGCCGAGAGCAGAGCUACGUACCCGGGAGGGUGAGCCUGCGGCUGGAGAUCAAGUUGUCGAGGGCUACACCAUCCAAAAGGUUGUUGCGAUGACCAGAACUGAUGCCUGCGGACAAAUUGAGCUGGUGACCGACGCCAAUGUUGCGACCGAAGUAGCCCGCCGGGAGGCGACGGCCCGAACAAAAGGAGUGCCCUUCUCGAUGGACAAGGUCAUCUUCCACCAUCCGAGGCUUGCCGGCUGCAUUAGCCCCGUCAUCAACCGGACGAAGUCCCAGAUCUUGGGGGAAAAGCUCGAGAUGGCCACCAAGUUGGUUUUUGUUCCGUCUGCCACUCGCGAAAAAGACGAGCCUCUCGAUCUGCACUCGAAAGUCUUCGUGAGCCACUGUGGUGUUUUCUUGGACAUCGGGCAGUUUGCGGUCUACGUCGCCAAGUUCAUCAAGCCGAAGGGACGACCGACCGGGAGGUUCGCCUACCUCAUGCUUCGGCAUCGGUAUGCCCGUCCACACCAUGAACAGUUCGAGCCCAAUUUGGGGAAGCCUGCCAGAGGUGGUCCAUACGGCAAAGAUCAAGGGGGCAAAGGCCAGCAGAAGAGGUGCUUCAUUGCGAAGGAGUCUUUGGGUGGUCAUGUGCAAGUGGGAACCACAGAGGUAAAGAGGGUGUCCGAGAUUGUGCUAUUUUGCGGCAUUUCCAGUGGACUUCCGGACACCAUGGUUUGGUGGGACGGCUUUGAAGUGAUCAAUGGCCUUGAAGUGUACAGGUGCUUCAUUGCGAAGGAGUCUUUGGGUGGUCAUGUGCAAGUGGGAACCACAGAGGUGUGCUUCGGCUUGAAGGAACUUCACUUGGGUGGUCAUGUGACAUUGGGAAUUUUCGAGGUGCAACGGUGUUUCAAUGUGAAGGACCUUCACCCGGGUGUCUACGUGCGGUUGAGAACCAACCGAGCUCUCUCCCGAUUUGCGAACCAGCAGACCGUUGUCGUUGUGGUGUUGGCGAAGAACGAGGAAACAACGUGGCGGCCUCCCACUGUGGUGUUGCGUUGUGCGACCGCCAAUGGAGAGGAGUUCGAGCUGCAUAUGGUUGCCCAGGCAUUGGGCCAGGGACAAAAGAUGUCCAUCGGAGCCUCCUUCAGCACCGUGGUGGACAGCGGUGGCAUUAAGCCCUACCGUGCAUCAGAGAGGCUGAGGGGAUGUCCCUUGGUCAAUACUUUGAACGGGACUGGCAUUGUGGCUGCACCCUACAUUCGAACGGCAGGGGAGGUGAAGCUGACCAAAACCAUCACAGCUGUUCAGAAUGUGGUGGGCAUUGUUGUGUGCAUGGGUGAGCUGGUGAAGACAUCGAACCAGCUUCCGAAAAGGUUGGUGUCGCUCCAGUUUGCGGACUAUGAGUUUGGAAUUGAGUUUGUCGGGGCGAUCGCCAGCUGUCCACCCAGGAAGUUGAAGACUAUGACGGUCCCCAAGAUGGAGGGUGAGGAGCGACCUUCCAAGGCCCUCAAGUGCGACAUCCCUGAGGUCACAGUUGCAACACUUGACAGUGCUCCAGAGGGCACAGCCGUGUUUCUGGUGGGCAAGCUGCGUGCUGUCACACCCCAGGACGUGGUGGUGAAUGUGAUCUCAUUCAGUGCCAACAGCAUGAAGUUCGCGGCUGAGAUUGAAGCGGACAAUGCCCAAGCACGAGUCGAUUGGUGGAGCAAUGAGGCCGGCUUCAAGGAGCUGUUCGGUGAGGGCGUUCCCUGGACGGACUUGUGGGAGCGGUGUGAGACACAGGCAUUUGCUGCAAGGGCCUGGGCCUCAUUGUCCGUCCACGUGAGUGGCAAGGUGUUCGGCAGUGGACAGUGCAUGCCGCAAAGGCGGCAGUUGGCCAAGUGGGCUGGUGAACCCAGAGAGUCCGUAGAUUCCCUUCAGCGGCGUGUUGGUCACAUUUUCUCUUGCUUGCCGGGAGGCGCACAGCACAUCGAAGAACUUGGACUGUCCAAAGCUAG